AUUAAGUCCUUAAAAAAGUACAAAAAAGGGGUAAAAGGAGUGGAGGAAGACUUCAGCCAAAGAUAAAAAAUAAUUCGAAACAUCCCUAAAAAUGGACUGCGGCAUGUACCCCCACUCAAAAUGCCUCUGUGGAGGCAACUGUGAGAUCUCCUCAAGCUCCUCGGUCUCCGAAAUUCGAGUUUCCCCGGUGCCAUGCGAGCCUCGACACGAGAGAUCCUCCUGCUGCUGCAGUUACAAUCCCUCCACAGACACCAAAGACGACGAGAUACACGACUUGGAAUUCGCCCUGCGUAAACUCUCGGUAAUGAAGUGUCAAAUGAAGAAGUGGAGGUUGGAGAGGCUCCAGCUCGAGAGCGAAUCUCGUUCCCUGAAGGAGAAACUCCAAUCUCUAGGUGUCAAUCCCCACCUGCCCCUCUCGCCCGACCCUCUUCUCGUGCACUACCGCACCGAGAAUUUGCGUCUCGAAUCGGACAAAGCUGACCUAGAGGACAAGAUCAGAGACCUCGAGGAGACCAUCACCGAGCAUGAAGUCUACUCGAGUCGUUGCGAUGGAGCCCGAGUAAUUCGCGAGAAGAUGCGGGUGCUCCGCGAGCAAUUUCGCUUCGACAAGAAAAAGUUGAGAGACGAAAUAGCCGAGCUGAGGGUGGGACUGGCCAAUGCUGAAGACGAAACAUCUUGCGCAGGAGUGAAUCACCUGCGGGCAAGACUCCGAGAUUUCAUGAGAGCUGAGGGGCUGGGGGACAGUGACAAAGGGGAAUGUCAAAUUACAGCCACUGUUGAAAGAAUCGAGGGACAAAUGAUGUUCACCGGUAGUUGCGAUGAGAUGAGAGACGAGUACGCGAGAAUUCUAGUGGAAAAUGAGAGACUAAAACGUGAAGUUAAAAUGAGGGAGAUGAAUGCAGUGGAGAAUGGUGUUGUUGAAGACACCAAUGACAAGAUUAUUGGGGACAAAGGGAGGAAAUGGAUAAAAACCAGGGAACCAUCAAAGGACUCGGGUGAAGAGACUUUUCAGGGUGAUGAGGGAGAAGUGGAGCCUUCGAUUCUUAUGGGUUUGGAUACUUUGGCCGGGGGGGAGGAAUGGGGGAGAGAGUGUGAAGAUGCUAUCGAGGAUUUGAGGAGAAAACUCGCGGAGAGGGAGACGGUUAUUCGGGGAUUGCAGAAACGAAUGUCUGAGGACGCUGAUAGAAUGACUGUGAGUCACAGAGUGGUGAUGGAGGAAGUCGCUGCUGCCAAGGAUGAGCUGAGGAAGAGGGAUGAAAAGAUCCAAGAACUCCUAGGAACUCUCGGCCGAAGUUCCCUGGACUUGCUCGGGAUGUCAUCAGUUCAGAGUGAGAUAGAAGUGAUGAAGCCCCAGCUGUACGAGCUAUCAAUAGAGCGUGAUAAAUUAUUAGAGGAAAUCCAAAAAAUUCGUGGCGUUGUGUCAGACCGAAACGAUCAAAUUAUCGAGAUUCUGGAGCAACGUGACAAGCUAUUAGAUGACUCAAGUGCCAAGAUAGCAGCUUUACAAGCUAGGAUAGAUGCCCUGCUGGGACAGGAGUUGGUCUACCGUAGAGAGAUUGAUGGGCUCAAGGAUCAGGUUGACGAAAGGGAGAUACGUGAGACAGAGCUGAGGAAUAGAAUUGCGGAAUUGCUGGGACAAUGCGAUAACGCGAGUGUCCUUGAGGAUAGAAUUAGAAGUCUGGAGAUGGAACUCACAUCGGCUAAUGAUAAUAACAUCAUCAGUGAAAAUUCACUUGCAGAACUGAGGAGAAGUUCCAAACUUUUGAAUGAUGAAAAGAACAAACUGUUGGGUAAACUUGAAGAGGCGGACAAUGAGACAGACGUGUUGAAGCGAAAAGUAGCAGAGUGUCAUGAGGAGUGUAAAAAAUUACAGGAAGAGAAUCACAAUAUUCAGGAGCAACUGGAGCAAAUGAAGAAACACAUUGAAACACUCAAGGAUGAAAAUACCGAUUUAAAAUUAACAUGUGAUAAUCUUGAAGGGGAUAAAAGUCUUUUAUCUGAGAAGAUGGAUCAAUUCGAUGAUGAACUCGAGCGAGUGAUGGCCGAGAGCUCGAAAUUAGCGCAAGAUAUGAAAGAUUGCGAGUCGGAUCGGGAGAAAUUGGGAAAAGAAAAUGUUGUGCUCAAAGACGAACUUGAAAAACUCAAGAAAAUUUUUGAUGCCUUGAAAAAUGAAAAUGAAGAUCUGAAGAAUUCACUGGAUCUUCGAACAGCCGAAAACACUGAUUUGAAGUCAACUUGCGAAAAUCUCUUGGGGAGUAAAAAUAAUUCAGAUGAGGAGAAGAGUAGACUAUUGUCAGAUCUUGCUGAAAUUACAGUGGAACUAGAGAAUUUGAGGACUCAGCUGAAGGACUGCAAUUCCCAACUAGAGAAGCUACAAACGAAAAAUACAGUAUUACUCGAUGUUCAAGACGAGGUUGAGAAAAUGACGAAGGAUGUGCACUUACUCGAGGUCGAGAAUGAAGGAUUGAAGGCCGCUCUAGACGAUAAAGAAUCAGAAAAUAGUGGACUGAAGACGGAGCUGAAGGACAUAUCCCUGAAGAACGAAAAACUAACGGCUCAGCUCGAAGAUAUGUCGCUAAAAAAUCAAGAACUGUCGCAAUCGCUCAAUGAUCUCGCUGAAUUUGCAUGCAACCUUGAAGAGCAGCUGAAAAACCUUCAAUCCCUGAACGCUGACUUGCAGAAGAAUCUGGACACAGCGAUUUCCGAGAUAAAUUCGUUAACGACAACUGGAGACGCCACUAAAAGAGACCUCGAGGCUUUGAAAUCAGAACUAGAAAAGCUGAAAGAUGAAUUAUCUGCCGUUAAAUCUGACCUUGACACCUGUCAAUCAGAGAAUGACGCGUUCAGUUCGAAGUCGUCAGAAUUACAAGCUGAGGUAGAUCGGUUAAAGGGGAUUUGUGAUGUUCAGAAAGGGCAGUUGGAGGCUUUGGAGACCUCCCUAUCUCAUACAGAAGCAGAAAGGGAUACAUCGUUGUCCGAACUCGGUAGGUUAGAACCGGUGGUACAGGAUAAUACAGAUUUAAAGAACAAGCUGAAGGAACUGGAGUUGUUGAAGGAUUCUCUAGCCUCUGACAAUGAAAAAUUGAAGCUCGAUCUUGAGGGAACGAAGCAGAAGGCUAAAGUCCUGGAACAAGAAUUAUCUGGUCAUAAGAGUGAGAAGGAAAGACUAGCGGAGGAAUUGCAAAAACAAAUGUCCGAUGUUACGAAACUGGAGAAGAAUAUUCGUGCCUCUCAGGAUCUCCUCAAAAACUUGGAGUUCAAAGACUCCGAAUUGAUGUCAUCAAAGGUAAAACUUGAGAAUGAAUUGGCAGUGGUAACCGAUGCCGUUGAAAAACUGAGGGAACAGUUGGCGUUGGUGACUGGAGCUAAAGAGGCCACUGAAUUGGAACUAUUAACGUUGAAGGGGGAGUUGAAAGGUCUGAUAACCAAAUUGGAGGAAAUAGUCAAUAAGAAUCGAGAGCUGGAAGAUGAAAGAGAUGAACUGAAGCGGCAAUUAAUUAAUUUGCAGGAGAAAUUGUCCGGGUGUAUUGCGGAGGGAGUUGAUUUAAAGAAAGAAGCUGGAAGAUUAAACUCCUCUAACAGUACCUUGAAUUCUGAGAACGAGAGACUGAAGAGGGAGGUUGAUGAGCUAACUGCCGACAUCGACUUCUGGAAGAUGGAAAAAUGUAAAGUUGGAUUAGAAAUCGAUAGACUGAAGGGGGAUCUUGAUAAAGCGAAGAAGGAUUUGGAUGACAGCAGAGGGAAAAUUGGAGCCCUCGAGGAGAAUAGUCUGGAGUCUGAAGACAUCAAGUCCGGAGUUGGCGAUCUCCAGAGGGUUCUGGAUGAGGAGAAGAAGUCAAAUGAAAGAAGUUCGGCUAAAAUCGGGGAUUUGGAGACUGAGCUCGACGCUUUGAAGACUGCGCUGAUGAACUGUCGGAGGGAUAAAGACCAACUGAACCUUAAUCUUGAGGAGUCCUUGAAGAAGAUAGCCUCGUUGAAGGGUUCCGCAGAGGAUUUGGCUGACGAGCUGUCUUCUUUAAAGAAUCGUCACGAGGAAUUAAAAGCUGAAAACCGCAAGCUGACAGCAGACACCCGCGCUGGUGAUGACUCCCAGGCGAUGAAGGACGAGGCCUCGACCCUGAAGACCGAAAACUCAGAGUUGAAGGGUAAAAAUGAUGGCUUGAGUGUGGAGAAUGCGAGACUGAAAGCAGAACUUGACAAAAUCCAAACAGCGCUAUCGAUUUCUGAAGCUAGAGUGAAGGAUUUGGAGGUGUCGUUGGAUGACCUGAAGUCGGAAAAGGACAGUGUUCUGGCCGAGUUGAGUAACUUGAGAAGCCAGGGAGAUGCAUUGAGAGGUGCUCUAGAUAGAACUGAGACACAGACCAAGCGAAUCGAUGACCUAAACCUCGAAUUAUCAGCUUUAAAAGAUGAACUGGAAAAAUCUCGUCGCGAGGGUGAUAAAUGCAGAGCAGAGCUGGACGACUUGAGAAAAAAUAUCGUCUCGUUGCGGGAGGAGAGAGCGGGAGUGGAGGGUGAACUUGAAAAAUGCAAGAGUGAAUUUACCAAACUCUCGUCAGAAUCCCAGGAUCUGAAGAAGAGAUUGGCCUCACUGGAGGAGGAGGGACAGAGCCUUCGAGCCAGCAACGACUGGCUGAAGAGGUCUCUGGAGGAGGUUGAGGGGAGAGCCAAGUCCCUUGAAGCUGAGGGAAACAAAUUAAAAGAGGAAUUAAAGAAAGCUGGAGAUCAAAUAGGUGACCUGACGAACGAGAAAUCUUUAAAGGAAUCUGCGCUCCAAGAAUUGGACACUCUGAAGAAGUCAUCGGAAUUGAGAGUUGAAAAAGUAAAGGACUUGGAGUUGGAGCAUGAAAAAUUACUCCAAGAAUUACAAAAAUUGAGAAAUCAAUCUGGUGAUGUUGAUAAAGAGAGAUCGUCAAAAGAAGCAGCGCUGAAGGAGUUGGAGGCCCUGAAGAGCACUCUAGCGAUUCUCAAAAAGGAUCUGGAGGCCAGCAGAGCAGCGGAGAGUCGUUUAAAAAAUGACCUAGAAGCAGCUGUAAACGAUUCACUCAAAUUAAAUUCAGAGCUAGAUAUGAUUAAAGCUGAGAAUAUACGUUUGUCAAAGGACAUUGAGUCAGCAAAGAGCGAUGUGAAUCGUGGGAAACUACUGUUGAGUGAGUUGGAAUCGAGAAAUACCAAACUUGAGAGGGAUCUUGAUGCAGCGACAAGUGAAACGAUGAAAAUUAUGGGGGGAGACCAGAAUGUCAGUGCUGAGAAUGAUAGACUGAAGCGUGAUAUCGAGGGAUUGAAGAAAGAGGUGGCGAGAUUUCAGCAACUCGAGGAGGCAUUAAAGCACAGGGACGAGGAUGGGGAGAGUAUGGAGAUGGUGAUGAAACGUUUGAGAGAUGAGAAUGAGAGAUUGAAGGGUGAACUUGAAAAUAUGAAGCGUGAUUUAUCAAGGGUUGAUGAUGAUUUGGGAAGAAAAACAGACGAGGCUGAAGGUUUUGAUGAAUUGAGGAGAAAAAUGCAGGGGUUGAGGGAUGUGAAUAAAAAAUUGGAAAGUGAUUUGCAGAGAGUAAAAGUGGAAAAUGAUUCAAUGAGGGAUGGAGUCGAGGGAUCGAAAGUGAAUUCCCUCGUUAAUGAAUUGGAGAUGCUGAGAAAGGAGAACGUGAACUUGAGGGCACAAACAGGUCCGACAGAUCAGGGUGACCUUGAAGGGUUGAAGAGGGAGAUCGAGAACCUGAGGGCGGAGAAUUUGAGGAUUAGGAAUGAGGCAGAGGGACUGAGGGACGAGGUCGAGCUGGUGAAGGAGGAGAUCGAUAGAAUAAAAGGGGAGAAUGAUAUUCUAGCUGCUGGGCUCGAUGACUCCAGCUUGCGAACAGCUCUGGAUGAACUGAAAAGGAUUAAGCAAACUGCCGAUGAUUUGAGGAGGGAAAACACUACGUUGAGGAGAGACAUUGAGGAGUGUCAGAGGGAUCGUGGGAGACGGAGGCUGUCGACUGUUAGAGCUACUGACAGAAUGUCAAUACCUGGAGUUAGGAGCACUGACGAGGCGGCGCGGGAUGAAUUCUUCAUGGUGGUGGACUCACUGAAACGGAGAUUCGAUCGGCAAAUUAAAGACGUCACUGGCAUCAGGAGAAUGAUUGAUUUAUUGGGGAAAGGGCUGUGGGAGGAUAAAAGGGAGUCUGAUGAUAUUUUUGGAUCUAUUGACGUACGCGAUUCCGACAUUGCGAGAGUUAUUGGAUUAUCGAUGGAACUUUCUGGUGUUAUCUCGGAGGCCGAGAAGGAUCUCAUUAUGUUGGGAAGAAAAUCUCAAAAAACUCCAGCGAGCUCUUCGGCAUUGACAAGCGCCAGUAUUUUUGACCCAGAGGCGUGGUUACAGUCGCUUCCCCUGACUGCACUGGCAGAUCUGCACGAAAGGAUCUGUGAAUUAACGUCGUCCGUUGUCGGCGACGAUCAGGAUGAACCCUCACAAUCCAGGCCCCCCGAACCAUCAUCGAGAAGUGCCCUCCAGAGGAGCUACAACACCCUGAACAAGAGAAUUGCUGCGUUGCAGCGUGAAAUACUGGCGAAACACGGGGAGGCCGAGGCGAGGGUCAAGAAAAUGCGCGAGACACUGCGUCGUGAGCAGGGAGAAUUAAUUAGAAUUUCGGAGGCGAUGAAUCGUCAGCGAAAACGCAAUUUGGCCCUUCAUUUAACGCUGGAUGGCUCUCCCUGUUGGAUUAAUGACUGCAAAGCCGACUGCAAUGCUAACAUAAACACGAGAGAGAAUUUUGAGGAUUAAAUGGAACCACCCACUCGCUAAAAAGUGAAAAUAAUUUUUCGGAAGGAAUUCUCUGAAUUUAAUUUUGAAAAAAUUCCUUUUUGGGGCAGUGUCAAGCCACAAUAAACAAUUCAGCAAUUGUUUACAAGCGUAAACAAUUUAUUCAUUACGUUCCCGGUAAAAUUGAAAUGUCCUGUGAAAUACGAGUCUAUUGAUUUUAUCAGGAGGAUAAAUGUCAUAAUGAUGAUAUCUGAUAUCAGAUACUCGUGUGCUUUAUCUCGAGUUAUUUUUAAAUCCAAUUUCAAACCGAAUAUCAUUAUCCAUUCGGUGUUUAUGUCACAUGGGGAAGUUAU